AUGAAGGGUCAGCGUACUCUCACAAGGUGGCGAUCCAGUUCAAAUCAGCCAUCUUCGCUUGCUAUCCCCGAUGCUUCGUCCUCCCAGGUUCCAGUGGUUCCACCUCCGGAGAACCUUUCAAUCGGAAAUGGAUCAUCUAAAGUGCCAGAUGCCGAACUUUAUCUCAUGUUUUGUAACGCCCAGCCCCUCCUCUUAUUUCCUCACAGGUCCUCUGUGGCUUCCCUGAAGAUGCGGGAUCCUGAGCUCCUCCUGGCCAUUGAAGCUCUUGGGGUCCGUUUCAAAAAGCAAGGAGUCAAUGACAAGGACGUCCAGCUUGAGAUCAAGAGAAAAACAGAAAGGGCUUCUCAGAUCGUCAUGAUGCGUUUAGCAUCAGGUACUGUGGAACUGUCCACAAUUCAGACUCUUUGCCUCCUCAGCAUGCUGGAAUUUACAGCGGGACAUGUCAUUCGCGCAGGCUCGUAUACCAGACUGGCCACAUAUUUCAUGAGAAAUCUCAGAGUAAAUGGUCUAGAGUCCAUAAGCAAUUUAGAAACCGAACGGGAUGAACGCAAGCUCUGCCAUGUAAGCCUCGUCAUGCUUCGAAACCUUCAAGGAUGUCUACCAUCACAUACAGGGGUCGGGUUGGAUUCCCUUGCAGAGACUGGCAAGCUCCUCUCUCCUUUGGGAUCGACAAUGAUUGGCAAAGACCAUGCUCGUGGUAACAUCGGUGACUCUAAACCAGACAUUGGAAUCAAUGGUAGCAGCGUUUACACGAGUGAGUUGUGGGCGAUGGCAUGUAAUUAUGCCGCUAGUCAUGUGGGUGUCGACGCCCAUCCCCCAUGGUCUCCGAACUCUGAUUACACUAUGAUAAAUUUCCGACAUUGUGAGCACGAGAGUCUCAUGCCAUUGAGAUUCCGGCUCCAUGCAAGUCGCUUCCAGGAUCAUCCGCCCGCCGAGCUCCAGGCCCGUCGCGACUAUUGGAGCCCAUGGCUGUUCUUCCAAUUAGUCUGGCAUGCUGUACCUUGUCUGGUGAACCACCCAUUCCUACUCUCCAUGCGGCUUCGCAACUUCCGGAGGACGAUGCCUCAGUCAUUUCUCCGCAAUUCCUUUGAGCAGCUGACAUUCCACUCGGGCUGGGUUGUUCAUUUCCUCGAGCUUAUCGAGAUGAAGAACUUCGAGGUCUCCGACCCAACGAUAGGACACUGUGUAGCGAUCGUUGCUACUAUCUACCUUCAACAUAGCUUUGUUGAGGACCAAUCCUUCAACAGAAAGGCGCAAACCGGAUUUGAGAAAUGCCUCAGAUUCCUGCGUAACAUGGGUCAUAGGUGGCCGCACAUCGAUCGCCAGGCUCAUCAACUACAACAACUCCGCGAUAGCGUAUCUUCCGGGGGCCUCAUGACAGACAAUAGCACUCCAGGAGGAACAAACUCUCGUCAGAAAUGGUCUGUGAACUUGCAGCUAUUGUGGAAGAUCUUAGUCUAUGCGCAUGCAAGCAAUACAUCAGAUCCCGCAAGCGAUAUCUUCGGCCCGGAACUUGCCAAAGACAGUGUUGGAUUCUCCGGGGAGCCUCCUGCAGGCGCUAUCCCCGAACGUGACUUUUCUUUGAUUGGGUCUGCCGGAAUCUCAGGCCAUAAGACGGUAGCUCCUGAGUGUGUCACCUACCCACCGGAACAGACUGAGGAUCUGAUGCAGGGCCCGAGUCAGACUUCACCGACGAUGGGUUUUGGAGGGCUUCCAGGGGACACUCAGAUGGACUUUAGCGGUGGUGACACAUUGUUACUGCAACUUCAAGAUUAUGGGAGGGCAUUCGAAGAUUGGCUGAGUGUUCAUCCAACAUGA